UAAUGUAAUCAUUUUGUUCUAACCUAACGAAAGGCCAUUCUUUCUCCUCUCCCUAUCACUUACAAACAGUCAACUGCGACUCUUGUUUCACUCAUCUCAUACUCACAUGCCAUUGUACUAUCACUCCACAUGCUAAAUCUCACUCACCACCACCCCUCCAUUUCUAAACUAAACCUCAUGUUUUCACCUCCAUCUCCAACACUAUUCCCUACAUUGGAUCCCAUUUUUUCACCUAUCACCAUCAUUUCUCAUUAAUCAUCACCCCUACUUUUUUCAUAAUCACCAACAUUAAAAACUUACCACCUCAUCAAAAUAACUUACACCUUAUAUAAACAAACACACAUCUCUAACGUUGACAUUGCAAAUUUCAAAACCCUAAACCUUCAACUUAGUUCAAAUGAGUUAUUAUUAUUACUAUUAUUAUUACAUUUUUCUGUUUUCACUUUACUUCAUUGGUUUGUUAACAUGUAAUGCAGAACCUGUUGAAGACAAAAAAGCAUUGUUAGAGUUUGUUACUAAAUUACCACAUUCUAAGCCUUUGAAUUGGAAUUUGAGUUCUUCAGUAUGUAGUAAUUGGAAUGGUGUAACUUGUAGUUUAGAUGAGUCUCGAAUCGUCGAGAUUCGAUUACCGGGAUUUGGAUUUAAUGGCACAAUUCCUGUUAAUACUAUUAGUAGAAUCAGAGGUUUGCAGAAAUUGAGUCUUAGAUCUAAUUUUAUAGGUGGUUAUUUUCCAGAAGAUUUUGUUAAGUUGAAGAAUCUUUCUUUUUUGUAUCUUCAGUUUAAUGAUUUUGUAGGUCCUUUGCCUGAUUUUGGUGUUUGGAAGAAUUUAUCUGUUGUUGAUUUGUCUAAUAAUAGAUUCAGUGGUGAAAUUCCUGAUGUAAAAUUGCCUUUGUUGGAACAGUUGAAUUUGUCUAACAAUGAUCUACAGGGUGUUGUUCCUGUUUCACUUGAGAGGUUUCCGAAUUCGGCUUUUGUCGGAAACAAUGUGUCUCUUGCGAGAUGUUCGACGCGUUGUUCUAAAUCUGAGAAACAUGGGAGGGUUGGUGGAACAUUAGUGUUGGGUAGUAUUGUUGUUGGUGGUUUUUUAUGCCUUGCAGCAUUUGUUGUUUUUAUGUAUGUUUUGUGUUCUAAAAGGAAAGAUGGUGAUGUUUUUGAUGGGAAGUUGGAGAAAGGAGGGAAAAUGUCACCUGAAAAAGUGGUCUCUAGAAACCAAGAUGCAAACAAUAAGCUUUUUUUCUUUGAGGGGUGUAACUAUGCUUUUGAUUUGGAGGAUUUGUUAAGGGCUUCUGCUGAGGUACUUGGUAAGGGAACAUUUGGUGCUGCAUACAAGGCUGUACUAGAGGACGCAACCACCGUUGUCGUGAAGAGGUUAAAAGAGGUAGCGGUUGGGAAGAAGGAUUUUGAGCAACAUAUGGAUGUUGUUGGGAGUCUUAAACAUGAGAAUGUGGUUGAGCUAAAGGCGUAUUACUAUUCCAAAGACGAGAAACUUGUUGUAUAUGACUAUUUCAGUCAGGGUAGUAUCUCUGCAUUGUUGCAUGGCAAGAGAGGAGAGGACAAGGUGGCUUUAGAUUGGAAUACUCGAAUCAAAAUAGCUUUAGGUGCUGCACGAGGCCUUGCUUGUAUUCAUUCUGAAAAUGGUGGGAAACUUAUACACGGCAAUAUCAAAUCGUCGAACAUCUUUCUCAAUGCCAAACAGUAUGGUUGCGUGUCUGAUCUUGGCCUGGCAACCAUAAUGAGCUCAGUCUGCCAGCCUAUCUCGCGAGCAGCUGGUUACCGGGCACCAGAAGUUACGGACACUAGAAAAGCAACACAGGCUUCAGAUGUUUACAGCUUUGGCGUGGUGUUACUAGAGCUUCUAACUGGGAAAUCUCCUAUUCAUACGACCAGAGGCGAUGAGAUUGUCCACCUUGUGAGAUGGGUUCAUUCGGUUGUGAGAGAGGAGUGGACGGCUGAAGUAUUUGACCUCGAGCUUAUGAGAUGUCCUAAUAUAGAAGAAGAGAUGGUGGAGAUGUUACAGAUAGCUAUGUCAUGCGUUGUAAGGAUGCAUGAUCAAAGACCUACAAUGUCAGAAAUCGUGAAGAUGAUGGAAAAUGUGAGGCAAAUCGAUGCAGAGAAUCGACCAUCAUCUGAGAGUCAAGUUGAAAGUGCAACACAGCUUAAAUUCUCUCAAGGUGAUAGUCCACCUCCUAUAAAAGUAGAUGAAUAAUAGAAAGCUUCCUCAAUUGAGUGUAUCUGAAAAUGCUGUUCUCCAAAUUUUGAACAAAGAGCAUUUUUUUAUCCGAAAAUGCUCUUUAUCCUUAACUUGUUCGAUAUUAUAAUUUCUGUUUCAUA